UUUUUGUUAGAAAAAGCCCAGACCCCAAAAUAAACUUGAGAGGGAAAGAGUUCACUUCACCCUCGGCCGUAUUCCUGAACUUGCUUCACUUUCAGUUGUCUUCUUCUCCUUCACUCAUGGACCUUUAUUUGGCCACAACUGCUCCUCUUCUCAGCUCUCCAACUCCAUCUCUGCCACUCCAUUCAUCCACACCUAGGGUUUCUUACAGGCCUCUCUCAUUUUUCACUUUCGGAAAACACUCGAAUUGGAGCAAGCUCACAUAUAUGGAUUCUCAAUUAACCCCUCGUGCCUCUCGAAACGAUGACAAUGGUUCUACUUUAAUCACUUCCCACAUUGAUUCCGGCUCAGAAACUCGAACUGGGGAAGUCAAAAUGGUGACUAAGGAGACCAAUGUUUCGGUCAAAAUAAACUUCCUUGAUCUAAUGCUAAUGUUAGAUCUUGCUGGAAAAAACUCUCAUCAUAUUAUUGAGGCAACCUUCAAAGUAUUUGCCAGGGCUAUUCGGCAAGCAACAGGUUCUUUUGCCAACAUGUCAGAUAAAUCAUGUCAUGUUGUAAUACCAUCACAAGAAGUUUCACUGAAUAGCCGAAGAGCUCUAGUGUGUGGUGUUGCUUCUGUCUUGGCCAUUAUAAACUUCAAUUGUGGCUCGGUUCCAUCAAUGGCAUGGGCUGAAGACAAGUCAACUGAGCAAGAAGAGGAAGAUAAUGCAGGGGUUAUAGGGGCCAUCAAAUCACUGUUUGAUCCAAAUGAGAAAACUAAGUCUGGAAAAGAGUUACCUAAGGGCUACCUGAAAUCAGCAAGAGAAGUGGUCAAAAAUCUCCGGGAGUCGCUGAAGGAAGAUCCUAAAGACAAUGCCAAGUUUAGACGUACUGCUGAUGCCGCCAAGGAAUCUAUUAGAGAGUAUUUGAGCAAUUGGAGGGGACAACAAGCUGUGGCUCAAGAGGAAUCUUAUGUUGUUCUUGAGAAAGCAAUCAGAUCGUUGGCGAGCUUUUACUCGAAGGCAGGCCCCUCAGCUGCCAUGCCAGAGGAUGUUAAAACUGAAAUAUUGAAUGAUCUAGAUACAGCGGAAGAGUCUUUAUAGCCAAUUAUAUAGCUGAAGUGAUUAAGAUUACUAAAGUGUAUGUAUCAGUAUUACUAAAAUUAUCCAAGCUCAAACAUUCCUAAUCAAACUUCUGUGUUGAACUAAAUCUUGUUGUGAAGCUAAGAAAUAAGAUAUUUAUUUUUCCUGGUGAAAUAAAAA